AUGCUACGUUUCACCAUUGUCACCGGUUGUACUUUAUUGUCCGUUUGCUUCGACUUUGUCGUCGCUUCCGCCGUCGCGGCGGACGUUGAUUCGCUCUCGCAGGAUUUCCAUCCCUGCAGCAUCCGAACGAAACCAUUCUUGAUGGACAUGCUAGAGACCUUCUCGAUGUUCGUUGUGGAACGCUUGAUUUUACUGGUGAGCCCGUUCUUCAGCAAUUGGAAGCGCCGACUGGCGCUCACCGGACUGAUCGAAUCCUUGAGCGCCUCGAAUGUUCGCCACUUGCAGAUGAGCUCCUCGUUCAGCGACGCCUGCUUCAUGAUAUUCCGUCGCACUCGUUCCUUCUCCUCCAGCCGUUCCGCCGACAUCAAUUCCUCGUUCAUCGAGCUCUGCUUCAACGCACAUUGGCGAGAUAAUUUCCCGAAAACUCACCUCUUUGAGGAUGACGGAUGUUUCUGUGCAGCGUCAUCAUCUCGCUUCUCGUUACCGUCUGAUGCACCCGAAUGCUUCGUCCCAUCUGACGAUGCGCUCAUGCAAUGCGAUUUGGGCCACGCCCAGACGGAUAUAACGAGCCGACCUCCGAUUCUAAGGACCCGCGCCAACUCCUUCAACGCAUGUACCCUCCUCUCCGUGGUAGCGAAAUGGUGCACCACGGCGAUCGACAGCACCGCAUCGAAGCUUUCUUCUCGGAAUGGUAGAGCCAAAUUAUCGCAGAUUAGAACCUUCGCACAACAAGCAAAUGAGCCCAAAUUCCGUGAGAUGCGUCAAGAUGAGAUUCAACAACAAUCGGAUAUGGAAUUUCGCAUCGUGUGUAAUCGAUGCGAACAACCGUGGAUUAUCGACUCUCCGUCUGUAACACAGCACCAAACGCGUCACCGUUCAAAACGAUUCGAUGUGGCGCCAUUAUUCAUUCAUGCGAGCUGCCUCUACGUCAAUGACUGAGCAUCCGUUUUGAGCUACCGUGCCGAUUUGACGAUCGUUACCGAUGCAAAUAGAGCGAUUUUGAGGAAUUUGGAUACCGAAGGACUUUAAAAAUUCGGAGGACUCGAAUGCCAAUGAGUCGGGAACCACCGCGAUCGGAGCAAUCAACGUCAACGA